CCUCCCGCUGGCAGGUCAAGCUAGGCGGCUCGGCAGGAAGGGCUUGUCGUCAUUUUAUUUGUUUAGCUUGUGGAUCGACGCCAGGGGUUUGGGAUUCAGCGGGUGUGCUUUCGGUGAGAAUAGGAGGCCUCACCUGGCGAGCCGCCGGCCAGUUAAAAAAGACCAGACACUGUGCCAAGUCACAUCUAGCUAACUUUUCCAUACCGCACUGCUAACCGCGUUCCGACAAGAGCAGCAGUGUGUGACAUCACAAUAAGGUUCUGAGCAAAGGAAUUCGUUCGGCACCAGCAGUCACCGCCCUCAAAACUUCACAAUGUCGGAACAGGGCGGGAGUUCAUCGGCGUCUGGCGCCUCAUCUGGGACCACGAAGAACCAAAGCAUGUCGGUACUACAGCAGCUCGUCGAGAUAAAGGACCAGAAGAAGCAGUUUGGCGGAAUGAUGAACCACGAAGCUUCAAGAAAAAGGAAGCGAUCCCUGAAAAAUAAAUUGGACGCUAAAAAGAAAGAAGAAAGCGACAUGGGCAUUCUGUACCAGUUGGUGGUCAGCAGUACGCAGAUGAUGCAGAAAGUCAAGUGCAAUAGGGAGCAUCUGGACACCAACGACUGCGACGUCAUGUUCCUCUUCUGCCUCAGGGACACCAUCAAGACACUAACCGCCCAGAAGGCGACUCUGGCCAAAAUUAAAAUCCAACAAAUUCUCUUUGAGCUUCAAUUCCCAGACAGCUGAACCCCGUUUAUCCUUGUCACUAACCAUGCAUCUCGCCUCUCCAGUAUGCUGAUGAAAACGAAGAAAAAAUGUUGUAAAGACAAAAAUAAAACGAGUAACAGUUGCUGUUCAA